AUGGCAACCUGUACUCAAACGCAAGUGGCCUUGGCGCCAUCUGUGACCCUCAACACUCACGAUACUGCUCAGCGGCAAUUGUCAGAAACCAGCAGCGCCAGUGAGUCCAGUGAUUCGAUUGACGAAGCUCGUCAGAUGUCUCCGUUCCGCAAGGUGGCCGUGAUCAUACAACUAUCUGGAGUCAACUUCGCUUCCAGCGCUGUCAAUGGCCUUGUCGUCGUCAGCCUACCUACCAUUACUGCCGAUGUCAACCUAGAUCCUUCGUUGGCAUUUUGGCCAACUUCGGUCUCAAACUUGGCCAAUGCCUCUACCAUCUUGCUUGCCGGCUCUCUGGCCGACUCGAUUGGCCCACGAACGGUUAAUCUUGCUGGCAGUAUUGUAACAGGGGCCUUCAUACUCGCCUCCGGUGCAAGUAAAACAGGUCCUCAGCUGGUUGUGAUGCGAGCCUUGCAGGGCGUUGGCUAUGCCAUGCAUCUUGCGUCGUCUGUCGCCAUUGUCACGAGCACCCUUCCACGUGGAAGACCACGGAACUUUGCCUUCUCCUGCCUUGGUCUUAGCCAACCCUUGGGUUUCUCGUUUGGCCUAGUUAUUGGGGGCGUUCUUCAAGAUCUCCUCGGUUGGAGAGCAGGCUGGUAUAUUUACGGAUCUUUGACUCUUGUCCUCUCUGCGGUUGCCACCUGGGCGUUGCCAAAGUCCCUCUACGGAAGAACGUUUUGGGGCACCUUGCGCAAUUGCAAGGAGCGAGUAGACUGGGUUGGCGCAUUGCUCGCAUCGGCUUUCAUGGCGUUGCUGUCCUACCUGUUUGCGAUGCGAAACCCGGAAAGUAUUGUAUUCGUUUGCUUGAUUGGGACUUUGUUGCCGCUGUUUAUUGGCUGGGUUCAUCGCCAAGUCCGGCUAGGCAAACCAGCAUUGAUUCCCAACUCACUGUGGAAGAAUACUGCGUUUUCCAGCAUUUGUGGUACAGUGGCUCUUUCGUUCGGUGUAACAACAGCCAUGGAGUUGUUCUCCAGUCUGUUUUUCCAGGAGGUCCAGCACCUCUCUGCUCUUCAAACUGGCCUCAGAAUCAUACCCAGUCUAGUCGUUGGGGUUAUUCUUAACUUCACUACAGGUCUAUUUGUCGACAGAGUCCCAGCUCUGUGGCUUGUGACAGGGUCAUCCGUGAUCUGUUCAAUCUCUCCUCUCCUAAUGGCCGCGAUCAAGGUGCAAUCCCCGUAUUGGACCAAUGCCUUCAUUGCCCAGCUGCUGUCACCGGUGAGCACGGAUGUACUCUUCACAGUGGGUCUAAUCAUCAUCUCGGAUAACUUCCCUGAUGACACGCAAGCACUGGCCGGUGCCGUGUUCAAUACCGCAUCUCAAUUUGGCCAGGCGCUCGUCUUGGGCAUAAUGCAAAUUGUGUCAACGGUUGUGACCAAGGACAACAGUGGCAAGAGCAUGCCGAUGGCUGUCAUGGAGGGACUCAGGGCAAGCUUCUGGACCAUGUUUGGCCUCAUGAUGGUCUGCACUUUAUGGGGAGCAGUCGGUCUACGAAAGACGGGGAAAGUUGGGCUCAAGCGAGAUUAG